UGUGUGUUCUGUGUCGUUUAUGUGUAAAAUGAGUCUCGGUAAAAAGUGAUAAAACAAGCAAUGGACUCGGAAGAGAAUAUCUACGAUGAGGUGGAACAGGAGGACUCUUCGGCUGCCGAUUUUUCCGCUAGCGAGGACGAGUGGACUCCGGAGAAAACGAAAGAACCCGCCAAAAAGCCGGCCGAAACGAAGAGGGCGAAGGGAAAACCGUCCGCGCUCGCCAAGAAACCAGUGAUUCCCACGGGUCCCGUUCGGGUGUCGCGAAGAAUAGCGGCAAAGAAAGGAGUGGAACUGCCGGAGAACAUAUUUGAACAUGCGGCUCCACCGACGAUAGAUAUAGCAAACGAAAGUUCGGACGAUGAAACGGAUGAGGAAGAGAAGAAAGAAACAAAACGGAAGACAAAACGCAAGGGCAACGCGAGACGGGCACCUGCUAAACGGCAGAUGCAGAAAUGUUCCACCGAAGAUGAACCGAUCAAGCUGACCACGUUUACGGUGGAGCAACUGUAUCGAAAGUAUCGACCGGAUCUAUCGCACCCGGCAGUUGCGCCAGCUCAACCAAGUACCUCGAAAGCUGCAUCAAAGGUUGCCAAGCAACAGAAAGCGAAAGAUGGUAACGAGGAUUCGGAAAGCAGCGGCGACGAUUAUUUGGUUAAUCCAAGUGAGCUCGAUUUGAGUUCGGACUUCUUUCGACCAACGAAACAGGAACGAGAACAGCGCCAGGCCGUGGAUCUGUUCUUUGACUGUAAUGCAGGCGUGGAGCUGACCGACUCGGAGGAUGAGGGAUCCGAUUGUGUACCAUCGGGGUCGAAACGUACGAUGGGCACGACGGAACCAAAACCAGUGAAAGACACCGACGUAGAACUGGGAAUGAAGUUGCUGCAACAAGUCAAUCAAUCAACGGAGGCCUUGGCACAGAUCAAACGGCUUAAAGAGACGCAGACCAACGCCAGCACAUCUACAUCUGCCAAAAAGCAUGCGGCCAGUGAUAUUUCGAACGGGAAGAUGGACUCGAAGAUGGAAGGUAGCCAGCGCGAAGAUAUUGCCAGUAUUCUGCACGCGGGAGAGAAGUUGGCCAAACACUGUGGUAAAUCGUUGAUCGGUGGAGUCGGAGGACGCAGUGAUUUCGUGGCGGUCCCCUCCCUCGAACGAACUACCAAACCGAAAGAUAUUGAAAUUACGUUGAAGCCGACGGUGACAGCCGAUGCUAAGGGAAAGAAGCGAACGUUUGAUGUUCUGUCCGCCCUGAAGCGGUUUAUGAACCGCGAGAAACGUAACAGCCAGAUCCAUCUGCACAAAUUGUCGCUCCUGUGUUGGAUCGGCCACGGGACGUACGUGAACAAUGAGCUCCGAAAACCGUCGCUGAUACGCUUCGCACAGAAGAAGCUGCUUCCCGGUGCACUGAGCCAUGCCACUCGACCGAAUGGACUCACCAAUCUGCGGUACUUUCAGGAACUAACCCGCUACUAUCGCCGCACGGUGAUGCUUAAGGACGAUACUAUGUUCUACCGGCAGCGGCGUCAUCCGACGUUGGGCAAAUUCCUUAUCUUUGCUAUCGCCAAACGGGCUGCUUACUGUAAGCGGGAUUAUAUUCUGCUGUUCGUGCUAAUGCUGCGAUCGCUCGGAGUGUACUGUCGGCUCGUCAUCUCACCGCCCGUUCCACCGAAGACAGUUGCACCAAGUCAGUUGUACAAAAUGAAUCCUCGAACGGGACGAGAGCUGGCCAUGGAACGUCAGCUGCUGUACGAUUUCCGCGAAGCACCCGCUGAUAGCAUGGUACACAUGGCCAAGGAGAAGCUUCGAGCACAGAUUGCAAAGCAAUCCGACCGGAAAGGAGGUGCUAGUGAGGGCGCAAGGAAACGUAAGCUGGCAGCUGGCUUUUCGAUUCCCCAAAUGGAUGGUGGAGCUGAUGAUAUCACACGCGCCACCGACGGAUCGAAGGAGAAGAAACUGCGACUCAUAUCUGGAUCCUUUCUGCAGGCGGAAAGCAAUCGUUCAAAGACAAUCGCUCCACCGCGGACACUAGCGGCUAUCGCUUCGGAUCCAAUGGAAGAGGUGCGUCGGAGAAGGGAGCGAAUUCUGGAGGCAUAUCGAGCCCGAGCUGCGAAGCUGCUGGCAAGCAAGAAGAAGCAAACGGGCAAUCGGAAGCUAGAAGACGCGGGGAAGAAGGUAAAGAUGAAUGAAAAAGGCAAACCGGGAGUCGAUUACUGGGUUGAAGUGUUUUGUGAGCACGAGGACAAGUGGAUCACGAUCGAUGUACUGAACGGCAGUGUGUACAAUCUGGAGGAUAUCGUUAAACAAGCAACCCAACCGAUCGCGUACGUGCUGGCCUGGAACAACGACGGAUCGGUGAAGGAUGUCUCGCCCCGUUACAUCUCUCGAUUCGGUACCAUCAAGAACAAACUGCGUAUCGAGGACGAAUGGUUGGAACGGGCACUGAAACCUUACCGCGGUCAGCGCACGAAGCGCGAUCUCAUCGAGGACAUCAAGUUCGACCGUUUGCUGAACAAGCGCCCUUUCCCGGAGCAGAUUGCCGAGUACCGGAAUCAUCCAAAGUACGCCAUCGAACGGUUUCUACGACGCAACGAAGCAAUCUAUCCACCGGAUGCACCCAUCGUUAGCCAUAUCCGGGGAGAACCGAUCUACCUGCGCAGCUGCAUCUACACGCUUCAAUCCCGUGAUGGUUGGCUACGGCAAGCGAAAACAGUCCGCAUGCACGAACAACCGUACAAGGAGGUGAACGCGAGGGCCAAGUACGAUCGUGUGCUCGGUACGAGUGUUACUGGACAAACGGUAGAGCUGUUUGGUGAAUGGCAGGUGGAGGACUACGUACCACCGGUAGCCAAGGGUGGGCUGGUACCGCGUACGGCGUACGGUAAUGUGGAUCUCUUCAAGCCCUGCAUGCUACCGAAGGGAACGGUGCAUUUACAGUUACCGGGAUUGAACCGGAUCUGUCGUCGUUUGCGGAUCGAUUGUGCCCAGGCCAUCACGGGGUUCGAGUAUCGGAGCGGGGGCUGCCAGGCCGUAUACGAUGGGUUUGUUGUGUGCGAGGAAUUUCGGGAGCAGUUGCUGGACGAGUGGUACCAGGAGCAGGUGGAGCUGGAACGGAAGGAGCAGGAACGGCGCCGCGAACGCAUCUACGCCAACUGGAGGCGCCUCAUCGUGGGGCUGCGCAUAAGAAAGAAGCUCAAGGAUCGUUACAAUUUCGAUAACAUGUAAUGAUGUGCCGAUGUGUUGCUGCCCAGUUUACCGUUACAUUCGUUACUAUCGUCUUUUUUGUUUAUUUAAAAAGAAAAAGAAGCUCCAAAAUACGGGGGGCUAAUAAGCUUAUGGGGUUAUGAAGUUGAAAUAUUUCACGAAGCUGCGUUGCGUGGAAAACAUCAGGAUAUUCGAGCUCAAACUGCGGAAAGGAUACGCUUUAAAACGGCUCUUCGAAGUAUUAAA